CGCCUAACUCCACUGUCGCUAUCUCCGGCACAUACAUCAGCCCUACCUGGGGUACCGUUACCUAAGCGGCACCUCCGAGCGUCAUGCUGCCGGCAUACGUGAGCUCUGGGGGCUGAGCCCAACCCGCCUGCAUGGAACUUCCGAUGAAUCACUAUCAAUAGAUUUAGACUCAUGGAGCUGCAUGUAAGACCCGGGCCUCAAGCUUCACGUCAACUAUCUCCGGUCAGUGUCCAGCCACCAAGACACGCCCCCGCGCUGCAGGUGAAAGAAUUAUAAGAGGACACGGGACAUGUUCCAAGGCCAGCUUGUCCUAGGCAUCAACGUAACGCAUCACGAUAACGCAUCAUUACUCAACAUAACCCAUAACCAUCACCACCCAACAUCACUCUCUGCCGGCAAGGACUCACUCCACUGCUCCCCCACUCACCCUUUCCAUCGCCUUGUCGACCCAUCUUCAAGCCCAAUACAUAUUCCAAAAUGCGCAAGACAACCGUCAUCCCUGCCCACCCCACCCUCACCGAGAAGAACCUGCCCGACCAGUCUGGCAAGGUCUUCCUCGUGACCGGCGGCAACUCUGGCGUUGGCAAGGCCCUCUGCGGUAUCCUCUAUUCGCACAACGCCAAGAUUUACAUUGCCACGCGCUCCCGCCAGCGCGCCGAGGAGGCCAUUGCGGAGAUCCGCGCCGCCUACCCGUCCUCCCGCGGCCAGCUCAUCUUCCUGUCCCUGCAGCUCGACGACCUGACCACCAUUGCCGCCACGGCGCGCGAGUUUCUCAGCCUCGAGAGCCGGCUCGACGUGCUGUGGGCCAAUGCCGGCGUCAUGCAGCCGCCCCAGGGGAGCCAGUCGAAGCAGGGGUAUGAGCUGCAGCUCGGCACCAACGUGCUGGGUCACUUCCUGCUGACGGAGCUGCUCAAGCCCGUGCUGGUGCGUACCGCGCAGACCCCCGGGGUGCCGCUCGGGUCCGUGAGGGUCGUCAUUGUCGCUAGCGCCGCCGCGGACGAGGCGCCUAAGCCGGCAAUCCAGUUCGACAACAUGGACUACCACCGGCCCGAGCCCGUCGAAACCCAGUACCGCCGCAGCAAGGCCGGCCAGACGCUGCAUGCCCUCGAAGCGGCGCGGAGGUGGGAGAAGGAUGGAGUGCUUGUCGUGGCAAUGCACCCGGGGUUCUUGGUCACCAACUUGCAGCAAAACUUUACGCCCUUCAUGGGCGCAUUCUUUAAAUGUAUCGCCUCCGAUGCCAUCAAGGGCGCGUACACCGAGCUCUUUGCCGGGCUAGACAAGUCAAUCACAAUGCAGCACAAGGGCUGUUGGAUCGCCCCGUAUGGCAAGAUCGAAGCGGCGCGCAAGGACCUCCAGGACCCAGAGCUCGCCCACCAGUACUGGGCGUGGAUGGAGGAACAGGUUCAGCCGUACCGAUGAAUGUGCUGCUUUGUUGUGCCAAAUUUGUUGCUAGUCUGACAGGUCGGGGCAAGGUGGUGUGGUAUGAGUCAUUGUCCCGCGUUGUUUGUGCAGUUUCCCGGACCGAACCUUGUACUGGUAGUAUCAGGACGUGUAAUAGAAAGAUUUUUUCAAGAUUGAACUUUAGGCAGCCAUGAAAACUUUUGAUUAGACCCAGCGACGGCAUAUCUUGGUAGUG